GCGCCCAGUUCAGUUCGACCAUGCAGGCAGUUAUCGACCUUGGCGACGACGCGGACGUGAUGGAAUCAUCACCUCAUGCUCCUACUCCUCCUCCGACAUGCCUCAUCUGUAUGGAUGAACUGCCUCGGGCCAUGAAUGGCGUACCAGGCAAACGGCGACAGAAGACGGUGUACAAACCCGACGACUGCUGGAGGUUGCGGUGCGGUCAUUUCUACUGCGUGGGCUGUCUGUCGGGGUGGAUCGAGAGCAAGAUCGACGAGCGCAAGGUGCCCAUUGUGUGUGCGUCGCUCGACUGCGCCCGCGAAGUUCGUCCUCCCCACGUGGCCGCGGUCCUGAGCAGCACUGUGUUUGAAAAGUUCAGCGAGCUCGUGACAGCCAAGGCGUUUGAAGCCGAGAGCAUGUACUGUCCCAACAAGGAGUGCUCGCAAGUAUUUGUCAAGCCCACGUUCAAUGCUGGCCAAGAGAAGACCACGUGCCUCUUCUGCAAGACCAAGCUGUGCCUGCGAUGCCAAGUGGCGUGGCACGACGGCCUCGAGUGCGAUCAGUACAAGCGCAUGGUCGCGGCCGGCGGCGACUCGGACGAAGCGCAGCUGCACCAACUCAAGGAAAAAUUCAAGUGGAAACAGUGCCCCAAGUGCAAUGUCCUCGUCGAGCGUUCCAUAGGGUGCAACUACAUGCGCUGCAACUGCGGCGAGCCAUUUUGUUAUGCGUGUGGCACUUCGUAUGCUGAGAAGACCCCGUCGCCAGGCAACCCCCACGGCAAGCCGGGCUGCAACUGCGGGCUGUAUCCCCCGACCGCCCCCAAUCCUGCAGGGGGGAUCCAAGGGGCCAUGGCCGGCGCGCUGGAUGCCCUUCGCCGACAAAUGUUGCACUUGCCCGCCGCCGCCGCUGACCUCGUCCAACGGCGCAUGGAAGGGUACCGCAUUCCAAUUGAAUUUGAAAACAUUUUGAGACGCCACCUGCCCCAAGAGAUGCAGCAGCACCGCGACGCUCCCCUACACCACAACCUUCACCUCGGUCGCAACAAUAUCAUCCAGCACCACCUGCCGCAUCCGAUAGCGGCCGUGGUGCCUGGACUACUCGCAGCGGCGGCGCGACCCCCCCGAGCCCGUCGACCCGCGCGUGCUACUGCUGCGCUCCCGAUUCCUCGUGUUUAUUUACCCCCACCUGCUGCACCAGCAAACAACCCACCAAAAACUCAACGCCAGAUCGCACUCGCAGCAGCCCAGCAAGCGAGAGAACGUCACCGAAGAGCCGAAGCCCAACGACUGUUGGACGCGCCACCGAGAAAACGAAAGGCGGCAGGAACGUAGUAGCUGUUUUCUGCAAUUGGAGUUUGGUUAUUUUGUUUGGUCUGGGGUGGCAG